UGCGCGGCCUCAUAAAUAUUUUCAUUUACAUAUAGUAGUUAAAUAUAACGGUGUUAAAAUGUGCGCAAAACUUUUCACUUCUUUAGUGGUUAUUUGUUUAGCGGUUGAAAUACGAAGUGAAAAUAGAGUUGCAAUAGCUCACCUGAUAUCACACAAUGUGACCGGCAGCAUAACGUUUACGGAAACGGCAAAUGGAAUUCGUGUUAGUGGUACUAUAACUGGUUUGGACGUUGGAAAGUACGGUUUCCAUGUGCACGAAUUGGGGGAUACGAGUACAUGUGACGCGGCCGGUGCCCACUUCGACCCUGACGACAACACGCACGGAGGGCGAGACCAUUCAGUACGACAUGUUGGCGAUUUAGGAAACGUACAAUUCGUUGGGAACGAAAAUCCAGUGGCAAAUAUUGACUUUGUGGACAAUAUUAUUUCGCUCCGUGGUCGAAAUAGCAUUAUCGGACGAACAUUGGUCCUUCACGAGCAGGAGGACGAUCUUGGCUUGGGAGGAAAUGAGGCUUCCCUUAACACCGGGAACGCUGGCCCGAGGGUAGCUUGUGGAGUGAUAGGCAUACGUUCCCCUUCGGGCCCUUGGAACUCAUCCGUAUCUAUUCUUCCUUCAUUAUCUCUGCUUGUAUUCGCUGUCGCUUUUGUUAUCGGUAAAUAAUGCAAAACGGUACACGUUUUAUUGUUAUAAUAUAAUUAUAAUAUUAUCAAGUUUGUUCUAGGGCAACUUGUUUUUAGUGCAACUAUGUACUUAAAUAUUUAAUGCGAUAUUUAUAAUAUUUAUUCCAGAAUAACAGAAAAAUGUGAUAUUAAGAACAUGAAACACAAAUAAUCUUAUUGUUAUCUUUUUUUCAUUUUAUACAUUUUAAU